GAAAGUCAGGACAGGAUGAGGGAUAGUUCAGCAUCCAGCUCAGCUUCUUCAUCAGUGACAGAUCUGUACUGCACCCCCUCCAGCAGUAGGUCAUGCCUCUUCCUCCCGAGUACAGCAAGAGACUUCAGCUUGAGUGCCAGCUUAUCAGCUUGUAUGAGGCCUUAUGAGGGUGCAGUAGAACCCAUGCAGAUUGACGUGGAUCCACAAGAAGAUCAGCAAAAUGCACCUGAUAUCAACUAUGUGGUGGAGAACCCCACUCUGGAUUUGGAGCAGUAUGCGUCCAGCUACAGUGGUCUGAUGCGAAUUGAGCGGCUGCAGUUCAUUGCUGAUCACUGCCCACAGCUGCGGGUGGAAGCUCUCAAGAUGGCACUGUCAUUUGUGCAGAGAACUUUCAAUGUUGAUGUGUAUGAAGAAAUCCACAGAAAGCUGUCUGAGGCCACCAGAGAACUGCAGAAUACACCUGAUGCUGUCCCUGAUAGUGGAAUUGAACCCCCUCCUCUUGACACAGCUUGGGUUGAAGCUACACGCAAAAAAGCUCUUCUUAAACUGGAGAAACUCGACACAGAUCUGAAAAAUUACAAAGGGAACUCCAUCAAGGAGAGUAUCAGGAGAGGCCAUGAUGACUUAGGUGAUCAUUACCUUGACUGUGGGGACCUCAGCAACGCUCUCAAGUGUUACUCGCGAGCCCGUGAUUACUGCACCAGUGCUAAACAUGUUAUCAACAUGUGUCUCAAUGUCAUCAAGGUCAGUGUCUACCUCCAGAAUUGGUCUCAUGUUCUGAGCUAUGUAAGCAAGGCUGAGUCUACACCAGAAAUUGCAGAACAAAGAGGAGAAAGAGACAGCCAGACACAAGCAAUUCUCACCAAACUGAAAUGUGCAGCAGGCUUGGCCGAACUAGCUGCUCGGAAGUACAAACAGGCAGCAAAGUGCUUCUUGUUGGCAUCAUUUGAUCACUGUGAUUUCCCUGAGCUGUUAUCUCCUAGCAAUGUGGCUGUGUAUGGUGGUCUCUGUGCCCUUGCUACCUUUGACCGUCAGGAACUGCAACGAAAUGUUAUCUCCAGCAGCUCCUUCAAAUUGUUUUUGGAGCUGGAGCCACAGGUUCGUGACAUCAUCUUCAAGUUUUAUGAAUCUAAAUAUGCUUCAUGCCUGAAGAUGCUGGAUGAGAUGAAGGACAACCUGCUGCUGGAUAUGUACCUUGCACCUCAUGUCAGGACACUUUAUACCCAGAUUCGAAAUCGUGCCCUUAUCCAGUACUUCAGCCCCUAUGUGUCGGCAGACAUGCGCAAGAUGGCUACUGCUUUUAAUACCACAGUGGCUGCUCUGGAAGAUGAACUUACUCAGCUUAUCCUGGAGGGACUGAUCAAUGCCAGAAUAGACUCGCACAGUAAGAUUCUUUAUGCUCGAGAUGUAGAUCAGCGCAGCACAACUUUUGAAAAGUCUUUACUAAUGGGUAAAGAGUUUCAGCGACGUGCCAAAGCUAUGAUCCUGCGAGCUGCAGUCCUGCGCAACCAGAUACAUGUCAAGUCUCCUCCGAGAGAAGGUAGCCAAGGGGAGCUUACUCCAGCUAACAGCCAGUCCAGGAUGAGCACCAACAUGUGAAAAACUUCGUGCACUACCAAAAGAAAUGGUCCCUCCAGGACUGUACCCAGUGUCUCACCCACUAACUGCUGAGCUUCACAAACUGUCCCUGUCUCCCUCACUUCUUGCUUGGAUUGAGAGGGUCAGGGCUGAUGGUGGAUAAUAUGAAUAUUCCAAUAACUUCAGUUCUUGAAAAGAAAUUCUUUCUAAAAACAGCAUCCCUGCAAUGGGUCAUCAUUUCAGUUUUGGUAGAACAUCUUCCUUCAUUCUCCUUCUUCCACUGCUCCAUAAAGAGCUGUCAGGUUAUUCAUACAGAUGCCGAUUUGAGAGUUUUUCAGCUGCUAUUAGUUUUCUUGUUUCAAAGCUGCAAAAAUAGUUAGUGUGAAGUUGAAUGGACAGGCGUGAUCUAAGAUGAAUUUCGCUGGCCUGAAAGUACUGCCUUGAUUCUGAGCAAUGCUGAGCUUUCUGUUUAUUCCAGAUAAACUUGCAAGUGCAUUGCUCUCAAUUAUGGAGCUAGAGUUCUGAUGGGAGAGGAGAUUUCCUUUGAGAAACUCGUAAUGAUUUUUGACCUACACCAGAAAACAUGGCACUGCUUCCAUGCAUUUGGUCACAGGCCUUUAUUUUAGGGUGUUAUGUUUACCUGGAUCCAGGUUCUUUGUCUCCGGUCUCUGUUUUUAAAGACCUGUUUCCUGAUGUGUUUCCCACUUGUGCAUGACCUGGCUUUGGGGUCCAGUGUUAUCAUAGCAGUAAAUCUCUACUUCAUGCAAAUAUUGCUGCUUGUCCAGUCUUACUGCCAUAGUGUGUGAUGGUUUCCCAACAUGUGCAACAGUUGCUUCUGGUAGCAUGGAUAAAUGCCAUAAAAUACCACUCAAGUCCUGUGGAAGAGCUGAAAGCAGCCAAUCUAGGUGCCCGCUCUCCAGGUGCAUUUAUUCUGCUUUUCCUUUUAUAAAGGGAGUAAAGGUGGCAGCCCAGGUGUGUGCGUGUUCUGUGUUAAUGAAAGGAGAUAUGCACUGAAUUUUCUGAAGUCACUGCAGCCUUGCAUUCCAUCUAAUCCAUAAGGCAAGCUAAGAAUUUUGAUCCAGCCCUGACUGGUCUGGCAACUGACUACAGAUGUUACUGUUAAUGUGUUAAUGCUUUUUUUUUUUUUUUUUUUUUUUUUUUUUUAAAUAAGUUGUUAUAUCUAGUGCAUUAAACAGCAGGAUUAAAAAGUUCUGAGUAUUUGGAGUUUUGUGUUAAAGUUGAGUUUUAGGUAUUUUGAUCUCAAGCCAUAGAUUUUUUGCUAAGCUUGAUGAUGUUUUGUAGGCCAUUGUAUUUUGCUUUCUGAUCUGGUUGGAGAUGUAGCUUGGAUGAACUGUGAAGAAAGUGCAAUUUGAGGGAAUGUUCUAACAACAAAAUUCCUGGACUGCAUUUGCACAGCUGCUGAACUGCACCAGUGCGCUCUCCUUCUGGCUUUCAGUGCUUUUUAUGACGUAGGUGCUGAAAAUGGAAGCAAUAGUUCCUGUGAGGUCUUUGGUUAAAUGUUUUCCAUUUGGCAUGGAAAAGUUCUCCAGUUUUUGAGGGGAGGAAAAAGAGAGCUAGUUAAUCAAGAACUUUGAGUCAGGCAUCACUGCUGGCCAGUUUAGUGAGAAAGGCAAGUUGAGUCCUCAGGUAAAUUGCUGUACAUCCUUGUAGAAGUGCUGGGAAAGUAAUUUUAAUGCCUUCUGCUCCUGCUGAAGGAAAGCCAUUCAGUCCUAUAAUACUAUUUAAACAUUCUGGGUUUCUUCCUGAAAUGGGCUACUGGUCCUGUUUCUAAGGAGAAGAUCUUAUGCUUUGCUCUUGAAAAGAUAUUUUUGCAACCAAAUUAAGUAAGUGCAUCGUGUCAUCUGGCUAUCUUUGCUCACAUACAGCUUCCGCUCUCUUGAUUUUAUUAGAUUAAUUUUGUUCCUUCCUGAAGGCUUUCUACUGGAGGAAUCCUCCAUUGUAAAUGGACAUCUUCAGCACACUGACUUGAGAGUCUCUGCUCUUCCAGACACUAGCGCUUGUCCACUCUCGGGAAGUGGCAGCUGGAAGCACAUGUCCUUUAGCAGUCAGCAUGGAGCCCACGAGGUGGCAACAGCAGUUUCCAGCUCUUGCUGUGGCCCGAGGCAGUUCCGUAGCUGGGGCAGAGGUGAUCAGUUUCUUCUCUCCAGACAAAAAUGCUUACAACCUCUUUUGGACAGAUAGAGCAUUUCUUUUUUAUUGCUUAGUUCAUUGGCACUGUUCAAUAGUGUAUGUUUUUGUAUAGAAUUAUUGGCACGUAACUCUUCUCUUUAGCCUGUGAAAGAAGCUGCUGUUGCUUUAGGAUCUUGUAGAUGUGAGUCGGGGCUGUCCAGGCAUAUUUAUUCUAGAUACUGUUCAAUGCCUGCUUCAGUCCAGUCCAAAAAUCAGGAAAUAACAACAGAGCACAGAUAUAGUUCUGUAUAACGUGCAUUCAUAAGCAGUCUCCCCCAGUGAAAGAUGAUUCUUACCUUAAAUUUCUAGAGUAAUUUCCAUUCUUACCUUAAAUUUCUAAGUAAUUUCCCAAGUGAUAAAUGGGAAAAUAGUGACUCAGAAUGAAUUUCCAGUGAUUCCUUGUGACCACCAAGGUAAUUCAGUGGAUGAAGUUUUGUGGGAUCUGCAGCAUGUUGGUAUGUCUAGGAUAUGUUCAGAGGAACUUAUUUAAGUGGAUUUCAUGAACUUGUGCAGCACCUUUUUGUUGAUGAGGAAGGGGAUGCCAGUGGUAGGCCAUAAUUGAUGGUGUCCUCAUGCAGUGUAAAUCCUGCUUUCUUUACCUGACCUAGCUAGGGAUAAAAGAAAACCAGCUGGAAAGAACCUGGUUCUUUUGGUGAAGGCAGUUUUAAUUAGCACAGCUAAUUUUAGUGGUAAUGUAAAAACUGCCAUUAUGAGAUUUGUGUUGGGAGUCGUUGGGGAUGUUUGGUAAUUAUCUGGCUAGAAUUUGUCCAGCAUAGUGGUGUGUGUUGCUAAGAUUUGUAGAGGGAGGUCUGUAAGAGAGGGAGAUUAUAUUACUGCUUGGACUGUGGCUGGGUGCAGCAUCACCUGUAAGCUACUGUCAUCCGAGAGACUUCAGUGGAUGAAGGAGAAAGUAAUAGAGUUCUGUCUUUGCCCUGUGCUAUGCAUGUAUGAUCUGUACAUUGGUUUCUGGGACACUGCCAUAAUGGUCUUAUGGAUGCUGCCAUUUCCUAACUUAGUUGAAAUUUCAGCAUUGUUCCAUCCUCUGGACGACUCCCAAAACUGCCACCGAAUAAUGUAUUAUUUCUGAUACAUGCAAUGUAGUAUAAACUUUCAGAAAAACAAAUGAGGAAACUUUAACAAUAGCAACAAUGCUUCUGACAAAGACCCAUCAUGCAUGGGUGCAAAGUGCUGGUCAAGCAUUGAUAUUUUUUGUUUGUUUGUUUUUUGGUUUUUUGGUUUUUUUUCCUUGUUUUUAAUAGUAAAGCCAACUUAAUUUGUGUAUUCAAGGUUCUUAUGCCAUCUCCUUCAUUACUUUUUCUGUGAAGCAGAUGACAAUGGGGGAGCAGUGUCCUCCACAGGACAGUGCUCUUAGUAUUUUCUUGUGCCACCCGCUUGUGAGAGCUGAGACUUACACAAGGCAGCAUUUCAUUUUUUCAGUAGUCCAUCAACUGUGAAUUUGCAGUAGGGUGAAAAACACCAAACUGGUAUGGAACUGACAUCGCGUAUCUCUGAUGCUGUUAGGAAAUAGGGGAUGAAUUACUCUCUGCUUUGCAAAUGAGCUUUGUACUUCAACUGAUAUUUUGGCUUCUCCAUUCCUAUGGAUCUGUGAAUUCCAUUCAACGUUUCAUAGUGUCUGAUAGAACAACCUGGCUUUAGAUUAUCUCAUAGGAUAACUUGAUCAGGCUAAAUUAAUUAGAUAGGGAACAGAAACUGGCUUAAUAGGGUAUGUCAACUUCUAACAGAAAUGUAUGAGAUUCAGUAGUUAGAAGUUUGGUAAAUUCAUAAUGCAAGUAAGACCGUUUCUUGGCAGCAAAGAAAUAAUGCAAGCUUAGGCUUCAGUAGACUUACUGAAAGUUACAGACUGAAGGGUAGCUGCAGAAGCCAGAGAUGGUCUAAUUCAAACAAGAAUUCAAGUGGCAAGACCUGAAAAUCUGUCUUAUGUGGUAGAUCAGGCUAGGUAAUCUUGCUGUCCUUGAUCCCACAGAUACCACUGUUUCAGUUCUAUAAUAGUUCUGCAGCUAUAGCUUUGACUAUUAUACUCCAUGUGCCUGUAGUUUAUGUGACUGUGAAGUCUAUGUGUACCUAAAGUUUGUACCCUGUAAAUAUGCACUGAGAUCCAGGGUUUUCAAUCUUUGUUUUGAUGUACUUCUUUUUUUUUUUUUUUUAAUUCUCUGAUAUCUCAUCUCGUAAGCUGUUUGCCAAAUAAAGGCAGUUGGCUUUCUUUGUCAGGUGAACUAUUACUACUUCUUCUUGUGUGCCUCUGAAAAUGGAUUUAGAUGCAAGAAUCCAAUCUCCCUUAAACCCAAAGACUGAGGAUCAUUUUCACCAUCAUUCUACAUGCAGAGCACUGCUUUUUCCUCCCCCUACUUCCAUUAAAAUUAAAUAGUGUAUAUCUUCUUGAGGGACGGUGAAACAGAAACAAAAUAGGACAUUACCUUGCUGAGUUGGCUGGCUGCAAUUUUUUGAUUAAACAGGAUAGUUAGUAUAUUGCCUAGCCUGGAAGUAAUCCCUAGUUAGUGUAGGUGCAGGUGUACCCAGCACGAAUGGUAAAUGGCUCGUCUUUACUCAUGUUGUAAUAGUGCCUAAUCCACAAGCAUUGUUUAUUAAGAAAUUGAUACAAUGGUCAUCUUUACCUUAUAAAUUGCAAGGUUAUCAUCUUCUAGAAUGUCUGUUGAAAGGUCAGAUUGCAACUUUUCUUUCCAUUAGUGUGGUGAUGUGUAGUUAGAUGCACAAAGGGAGUUUUGUGUUGCAGUGCCUAACUGAACAGUAUUGCAGUCCUGUGUUAGGAGCACUGCAGUCUUCUGCCAUGUCACGGGACAGGACCUAACAAGAUAAGUGUGCAUCCAUCUGCCUUGCCUAUUAAGAAAUGCCUUGGAAGAGGGGGUGGGGACGAAUAUGCCUUAAAUACUAAUUCUGUAUAGAAAUGUGUCCAAUUAGGAUUCUCAAGUAUAAGGCCCUUCCUGAAUUUAGGAGCCUAAAGCCAGCUUGAUCCUUUCUUCACACUGGUAAGUGAUUCUGUGAUGAGACUGUACUUGUGAGAGAUGUGUUCUAAAAUCCCACUGUGUUAAUAUAACCCAAAUCUCUCACAUAGCACCAGUCUGCUACUAUGUUGUAACAGUGGAUGUUUCUCAUGCAAAUGCCUUUUCUGACUUUGUGAAUUUUCUCUGGCACAGUGAGCAGGAGAAUGACUGAGCUUUCUGAUGUUUUUGGGAAACUGUGUAAACGGUAAGCAAUUUGAAAUUCCAUGAUAAUGAACAUUUAGCUUUUUAUUAGAAGAGGGGCUUUUUGAACAGACCGGGGAACUCCGAAUACUUGACAGCCUUAAAGUCUAUGCCUGUAUGAGGGACGAAGUGGACUGUUUGCACAGGAGGUGGGAGACGUGGUUUCAAGUUCCCAUCUUUAGAUAAGGCAAAGAAGCAUUUUUAAACUUGGUUCUCCCACACUAAUCACUGGGCUAUUUGGUAGAUGCCAUACCCUUUCCCUCCCCCUCGGUUUCUGUGCUAGUUCCAAUUCACAAGACAAGCUAGAGUAACACCUACCAGCUUAGUGUCUAAACUUGAUUUGAAUACAAGGGUAGUCAGAAAUUGUGAAAGCUGCUGGAAGUCUUGGUUAGCAAGCUGAUUAAGGUUGGAAGAUGCUAUUCCCAGAACAUCAUGGAAAAUAUUUUGUUCAAGUAACGAGCAAAUGAAAUGGGAAGACUCAAUAGGAGAGUUUGAACUACUUUUAUUGUCAUAAUCUGUAGAAAGCCACAACUAAAUGUUAGGCAGCAUUUAAGUCCAGCCUCCAAAUGGAUAUGAAGUUCUUACCUCUUGUGGUCCCUCUAGAAGAUUUAGUGUGAAUGAAUGGGAACAGCUAGAUAAAAGCUAGCUAGAUGUAGACAAAUGUCCAGAGGGAUUAAGAUGUACAUGAUCAUGUGAUAGGGAAGGUGCUUGAAGAAACAGCAUGGAAAAUUUGAACACAGAAUAGAAUAAAGUGAGCAAAAGGGCGACUGACAUAAGGGUAGGCCAAGGCCUCUGCUUCACAUAUGGUACUCUGCUUAGUGAUCUGUUAAUCUUGCUUGUGGGCUCUCUUGUUAUUAAUGCUUUGAAUGAGAACGUUUCUCCAUGGAUUGAAUACGUCUACAGCUACUAGUAGUUUAGGGUGUUUUUUCAGCAUUCUGUUCCAGUCCAUGUAUGAACUCAUGACUGUAAACUAUAACAUAGUUUGUAAUGCAGGUUAAGAAAUAUAAACUGAUCUUGCCAGGGCUCCAGGGGGCGUGUGUACACGUGCAUGCAUGAACACACACACGCAUAAGCAGGGAGCAGUUGUUGAGAAGUCAAAAAAAGUGUUAAAAAUGGUUUAUAAAAUAAUCAGGGCAUGCUGUUAUCUCCUGAUUCCUGAAAGUGCUGUGUUUCUGUCAUUAAAAAAAAAAAGUCUUGA